CGCCGUUGCCACGGCAACCGGCUGGUAGACUAGGCCCGAGCCGCGCCCAUGCCGAAGCUGCCGCUGUCGCCGGUGCCCGAGCAGGAGACCGACGUCGGGGAUCGCCUUCCCAGUCGCGGCACUCCUGCCCCCGCUCGUCUGGGCUCCGGCGGCUCAGCGGUGAGGAAAAAAGAACCGAGGAAGAAGGCCGCGGUUUUAAGGAGGAGCGGGAGGCCUGCGGGCUGGUGGGCGGGGGACUAGCGUGUGACGUGGACCCUGGGGGUUUCUGGGAAUUGUAGUUCUAGAGGGAAAGGCUGGGGUAUGGGAAGCUCAUGCAGCGCCUUUCUCUCAACGGGGUUAAAAAUAAGCAGCUAGGAAAAACCCACAGGCAAAAGGACACCACUUGUAGUAUUCCUAUAGAUGCGAUUGGACUACAACUCCCAUCAUGCACAGCUGCCAGCAUGGGCAACGAUCAAGGAUGAGGCAGUGCGGUAUAGUGGUUAGAGCAGGCAUCCCCUAACUCGGCCCUUCAGCUGUUUUGGGACUACAACUCCCACAUCCCUAGCUGACAGGACCAGUGGUCAGGGAUGAUGGGAGUUGUAGUCCCAAAAUAGCUGAAGGGCCGAGUUUGGGGUGUUUGACUAGAACCAGAAGGCCAAGGCUCAUACCCCCACUUGGCCAUGUGAAGCUCACUGGGUGACCUUGGGCCGGUCACUCACUGCCAGUUUAGCUUACCUCACAGGGUUGUUGUGAAGAUUAAUUUAGCUCCUUGGAGAAAAAGGUGGGCUAUGAAUGCCAUGGUUAGAGUGUUGGACUAGGUGAGAUUUUAAAAGAUUCAAUCAAUAAAUCCAGCCACAUCUGGUUAGCAAAGCAGGUGCCUUUUUGGAUGUUGCUGCACUACAACUCCCAUCAUCCCUGGCCAUUGGCCGUGCUGGCUGGGGCUGAUAGGAGUUGAAGUCCAGCAGCAUCUGGAAGGCGAGAGGUUCCCCCAAUCUUGCUUUAGAGGACUCUUCCCCAACCUGAUGCAACUCAUACUCUCCAAUGUUUCCUCGAUGAAAAAGGGGACAUCCCAAUUCCAUAAUGAUAAUUUUACCGUUUAUACUCCACACAUCUUACUGGGUUGCCCCAGCAACUCUAGGUAGCUUCCAACACAUAUAAAAGUAAAGGGACCCCUGACCAUUAGGUCCAGUCGUGGCCGACUCUGGGGUUGCGGCACUCAUCUUGCUUUAUUGGCCGAGGGAGCCGGCGUUCAGCAUGACCAGCAUGACUAAGCUGCUUCUGGUGAACCAGAGCAGCGCACGGAAACGCCGUUUACCUUCCCCGCCGGAGCGGUACCUAUUUAUCUACUUGCACUUUGACGUGCUUUCAAACUGCUAGGUUGGCAGGAGCAGGGACCGAGCAACGGGAGCUCACCCCAUCGUGGGGAUACGAACUGCUGACCUUCUGAUCAGCAAGUCCUAGGCUCUGUGGUUUAACCCACAGCACCACUCGCGUCCCCUCCAACAUAUAUAAAAACAGAAUAAAACAUUAAACAUUUUUGCCUAAACAACUAAACAGCUGAGCCAAUAGAUUUAUUAAGAGGAUACAAUGUUACGUAUUGUGAUUAUAUGUAAAACUAAUAAAAAUUAUUUUUUAAAAUAAAUAAAUAAACAUUUUUUUAAAACUUCAGUGUGCAGGAUUGCAUUUAGAUGGCUCGGGGGUCCGAUAACUCCAUACCCUCCAACGUUUCUCUAAUGAAAAUGGGACAUUCCAUGUUCAAAUCAGAAACCGGGAUGGCUUCUCUAAAUCAGGGAUGUCCCUGAAAAUAGCAACACUUGGAGGGUCUGGCAACCAUCCAGAUGUUUUGGGCCAACAUGGCCAUAUGAUGUUGGGGCUGAUGGGAAUUGUAGUCCAAAACACGUUCUCAGUACGUCUGAACAGAAACAACGUCCUCCUGUGAUUGUUCCAAUUCAUCACUCAGCACUCUGGCUGUUUGCUAUCAUUGUUUUCAAAUCGACUCUCUCCUUAGUUCCCAGGGUUUGAGUAGAUGAAUUUUGACAUGACUAUUUGCUUGGAGUAAAAUCCUAUGCGUAUGUCUUUCCUCAGACUUCUUUAAGGCCCGCUGACGAGCCCCAGACUGUACAUGAGGAAAGUGGUCCCUGUUACCCAGAGAAUGCUGGAAAUGAUUCUGAAGAGGAGGAAGAGGAGGAGGAGGAGCAAAGGGAUGAAGACUGGGACACAGACCUUGAAAUAGAAGGUAUGACUUAGAGGAGGGGGUGAUGGCUGAUCUGCGGCCUUCCAGAUGUGCUUGGACUGCAGCUGCCUUUGGCUGGGCUUCAUUGGGUACUCACUAUUUCUAGAAUUAUGAGAGAGGGAGAAACAACUUAUUUCUCGCCUUGUGACAUGCAGUAUAGUGGUACCUUGGGUUAAGUACUUAAUUCAUUCCGGAGGUCUGUUCUUAACCUGAAACUGUUCUUAACCUGAAGCAUCACUUUAGCUAAUGGGGCCUCCCGCUGCUGCUGCGCCGCUGCUGCACGAUUUCUGUUCUCAUCCUGAAGCAAAGUUCUUAACCCUAGGUACUAUUUCUGGGUUAGCAGAGUCUGUAACCUGAAGCAUAUGUAACCUGAAGCGUAUGUAACCCGAGGUAUCACUGUACAUCUUUUGUGAUUCUGAAGGUCACAAUGCCCUUGGGUGGACUGUCCAUUAACUGCAGAUGCUUUAAUGGCUUGCCUUACGUCUAAAUAGCUUUCUUGCUUUGCAGAGUUAUCCCUCCCUACGUUGACUCUUUUUUCUCCCUCCCAACAUUAGAUUCUAAGACAUCCCAUGACCCAACAGGAAAAGCCAAAUAUCUCAACACCUGCCGAAUGCAUGGCGUCGUUCCCAUUUCAUAUUUUUUACGCCACAUGAAAGAUUCUGAACUGACCCUGAAGCACUACGGCCUUGGACCCAAGGUAUCAAUUCCCAUCUGCCCCAGUAGACCGGGCUGUUUUGGACUACAAGUCCCAUCAGCCCAAGUGAGCGCUAGCCUUGAUUGUCAAAGGCAGUGAUGCUUUUGAAUACCACAGGAGGGGAGAGUGCUCUUGUGCUCAAGUCCUGGGUGGCAUUUGGGUGGCAACUGUGAGGACAGAAAGCUGGUCUAGAUGGGCCAUUGGGUCCUCCUAUGUUCUUAUGACCACAGCCAUGUGUAAGAGCGUUGGACCCAAUGGGACUUUGCCCUGAUCCAGCAUGGACAAUCCAUGUAUUUCUUCACUUUUCUCUUCUGUAUCUCAGGGAGCCAAAGCUCUAGCUCCUUCCUUGGCAAACAACACAUCCAUUGUGAAGUUAAACCUGAGUGACAACUGGCUGGACGGAGAGGGAGCAGCAGCCGUGGCCGAGAUGUUGAAAGAAAAUUGUUACAUUUCAGGUGUGUCCCUUAAUUUUGAGGUUUCGAGAAGGUCUUUGUAGCAAGGACGUGGCAAAAUAGAGGCCUUGUGACAGACAGGCCCGAGCUGCUUUUGCUGUGGAGGUUUUUUAUGGUAUAGCACGGUGUUUGCUGACCUAGCGUCCUCCAGAAGUUUUGGACUACAAUUCCUUUUUUUAAAAAUUGGUUUUCACAUCUUACUUUACAAUUCAGAUGUACCAAAGCUGUUAUGUACUGAAGUUCUCACCUUGGGCCAGCAGGGGGAUACAGUAGAUAGUUAUGCAAAUGAAGGAGCGAAAAGUGACGUUCAGUGAUUGGAUAGUUUUAGAAAAUGGCAACAGUUACAUUGUUCUGGAGCUCUAUAUAAGCAGGCUGACUGAGCUCCUCAGCUUUAGUUCUGUUCCAGCUUACAAAUAAAGAGCUGCUUUGGAAGAAUCGCUGUGUCGUCUGAUAUGUUCGCCCACAACUUAACAAAAGCCAACACCAUUUCCUCCCCACCCCGCAUACAUUUACAUUUCUAUUUCCUCAAUCCAUCAUAUUGUUCUUUUCUCCUUCCUCCCACUUCCCUCUGCCCCCACUCGAUUUCCUCCACAUUAUACAAUUUACAAUAAUCUUUGCAUUCUACAACCUUCUCAAAUCAUCUAUAUAUUCUUAUUAUCUUUCCUUACUAAUUUUUCUUCCAUCCAGUACUUCACAUUUUAAUCUAGGCAUAUUAGCAUAUAUUUUUUUGAGCAAUAUUUUGCCAUAUAUUCAUCAAAACAUUUCCACUCCUUUUUAAAUUUUUGAUUCGACUGAUUUCUUAUUAUAGCAGUUAAUUUUGCCAACAUUAAAUAUUCAUUUAGUUUACAAAUCCAUUCCCCCUUUGUGGGUAUAGUUUGUGACUUCCACCUAGUGACUUCCACCUAGUAGCAAUCACUAUUCUAGUAGCUGUACUUGCAUAUAGAAAAAUUCUACAAUUCCCAUUAGCCCCAGCCAGCACAGCUACACACCCAUCAUAUAGGCAUGCUGGCUAGGUUGGAUGGGAUUUGUGGUCCCAAACAUCUGGAGGGCACAAAUUGGUGAAGACAGGUAAGAGUGGUUAUAAUGUCAAGACCAGGACCUGGGAAUCUAGGAUUCAAAUCCCCCGUUAGUCAAAGCUCUGUAGGCCUCCCUGAGCCAGUCUCUGUCUCUCAGUCUUCCGUACCUUGCAGGGUUGUUAGGAAAUAAAACCAAACACACCCUCAUGAGCUGCUUGGAGACGAGGCAGGAAAUAAAUGUAACAAAUAAAUACAAAUAAAAGUGCCUAGCCCUCAGUGAGACCUAAUAAUAAGUGGAACAGCCCUAAGAAACCCAUCCUCUCAGAGUUUAUGUUCUGUAUCCUGAGUGUGGUUAUUCCUUUUUUUGUUUGUUUUCCAGAGUCCAUGAGAUAAUAUAAUUGAUAUUUUUAUGGCAAAGUGGGAUUAGGGGAGGUGAUUUUCUCCUUUGAGGAGCUGUCAAUAUGUUCAGUUUUUCAGAGGUGACCACUUCUUGACCUCCUCCGAUCUGAGAUUGUUCAAGGGGCCAACUGAAGGCCCUGGAAAGGUGGAAGGGGAAUGGGUCUGAAAUGAGAGACGGGUUUUAUUUUGUGGGAGUCGGGGCUAAAAGUCUGUCUUGUUCUUCCCUCUCAGAUGUUGAUUUGUCAGAGAACAGGAUUGGAGUGAAAGGGGCGAAGGCUUUGUCCUCCAUGCUUGGGGAGAAUAGGACACUACUAACCCUGAAGCUCUCUGGAAAUGAAUUAGAUGAGCGUGCGGCCAAAUACCUAGCAGAUGCUUUUGUGAUCAACAACAAACUGGAAUCCCUCGAUCUGAGUCAUAACAUGCUUGAAGAGCUGGCAGGUAAAGCAGCUUCCCUUGCAAAGAAAGGCAGAGAACGGCCUUUGCCAACUUUGUGCUCUGCAGAUGUUUUGGACUACAACAUCCAUCAGCCCCUGCCAACAGUAAUGGCUCUGCCUGUUGAGGCUGGUCCUAGUCCUAGUUUCCCAAAAGAGCUGGAGGGCACGAGGUUGAUGAAAACUUAGUUGUUCUGAACUUCCCCUUUAAGAAAGAAGGUAUGGAGUGGGGAAACUUUUUCAACCCAAGGGACACAUUCCCUUAUAGGCCACGUGCCGGUGGUGGGUGGAGCUUGGGGCAAGAGUGGGUGGGGCUAUGGGUGUGACUCCAUCUGCGCCAAACAGUACAUUGGAAGCUGUAUCAUACCACUUUAAACAGCCAUGGCUUCCCCCACAAAAUCCUGGGGGAUGUAGUUUGUUAAGGGUUCUGAGAGCAGUUAGGAGACCUCUAUUCCUUUUUAAAAAUAAAUAAAUAUUGAUUUGGCUUUUCAGAUUAAAAUUUUACAAUCAUAUAUCAAACAUAAAUCAUAACAAGAAGAUUCCAAGGAAUCUCCUGGACUUCCAUCUUCCCCUUUGUGGGUCCUGUUAUUAAUCAUUUCCUCCUGCAUCUUUUAUGAUGAUCCAAAUCUUUUACAUCUCCAUUAUAUCCAAAAUUCACCAUUAAACUACAAGUGAUAUUCAAUCCCACUAACGAUUUUAACUGUUUACAAUGGUCUUUAACAUAAGUUAUAAAUUUUCCCCAUUCUUUAUUAAUAUUUUGGUUUUCCUGAUUUCUGAUUCUUCCGGUCAUUGUAGCCAUUUUGGCAUAGUCCAUCAACUUCAUCUGCCAUUCAUCUCUGGUAGAUGAAGCUCCCAUCUCUGGGCAGGAAACCUCUAUUCCUUUUCCAGAGCUACAAUCCCCAGAGUUCCCUGGGAAGAGGGAUUGACAGUUAAACCACUCUGGGAAUUGCAGAUCUGGAAGGGGAAUAGGAGAUCUCCUACCAACCUGGCAUCCUCCUGAUGCUUUGCACCCCCUCCAAAAAAACCUUCUGUCAGGCCCAGUCAAUACAGUCAUAGGAUGCUAAGGCUGAUGGGAGUUGUAGUCCAAAGCAUUUUGAGGGCACCAAACUGGCAAAGUCUGCUUCAGGGACAAUUAAUAUUUGAUCAAAGAGCUGUGCUCUAUUUACAUCUGAGAACUCACCUGCAUAUUUUUGCUAGCAAAGGGAUUUCCAGAUGGAAAUAUCACUUGAUCUGGGUUUUUUAAGUUAUUUGCAAAUGUGUGCUAACAGCUGUCAAUAUUAUUUUCCAGGGUGCAACAGCCAUGAUUGUUCCCUCCUCUCCCUCAUCCUCUGUACCAGCUCCUCUUCUGCUAUUUAAAUUUCUGCACCGUUCUGGAUUUCUUGUGCUAUAGUAGUCACUGCCUCCUACUUCUCAGUCCCCUUUUGCUAUUCUUACAGCUGCCUUUCCCUUGUCCUCAGCUCCUUCCCUGCUGAUGCUUGGCAUUCUCUCCUUCGCCUCCCUAACUGAAGAAAACCUCCUUCUGUGGCUGAUCAGGUCUUUCUCCCUUCCCAUUUACCUUUUGAUGAGGUCACAGGGAGUUGAUGGAAAACAGGAGGGGACAGAGAGAGAGAUUGAGAGAGAGAGCACAGGAAAUAGCAACAGUCUAGGCUGAGUGGAGAGAGAGAGAAAAAGGAAGAAAGGUAGGACGCAAAAAAGGUUUUAAAAUUUAUGUAUUAUUAAUAUUGUUUAUUUAUUUAGAGCAUUUGUACCCCACUCCACAACCAAAAAGACUUCCUGGAUAAGACACCUACCCACAGGCUUGCAAUUUAAAAAACCACACGCAACACAUAAGGGAAGAAGGAAAACAUACAGACAAUAAUAAAAAUGAUUUUCAUCCAUGAAUGGUACAAACAACAUCAAUGCAGUAUUAAAAACUUUUAGGGCCUUGAGUUUAUCGAGUUUAUUGAGUAUAUGGAAAAUAGCUCUGUACAGCUGAAAACGCUGGCAGCAUUAAGAUAAAUUCAACAGUGUAAUUAUUCUUUGAUGGAUGUAAUAAUGGAAAUAAUGGUAUAGUUAUUGUAAAAUAUUCAGGGAUAUAAGAUACGCGAAAUGAACCACGGAAUGAGAAGUAGUUGAUGAUAUUUUAAGUAUGUAAAAUGUUUAUUUGAAAUUGUAAAACAGGAAAUUUAAUAAAAAUUAUAUAGAUAAAAAAACUUUGAGGGCCUUGAGCUUGCACCAAUUUCCUCCAAAUACCUCCAAAGGCCCAAGAAAAUUGGUAUGUUUUAACUUCGCAGCAGAAUCCCCAAACAGUAGUUUCCAUCCGUCUGAGUGGAGAAUGAGAGCACCCCCUGCCACCUGACUGCAGCUGGAAGAGCCAGGGUGGAAGAGCAGUCCUACCUACCCCAUCCAAAUUAACGCAGACACCAAUCCACCAGGAAAGUCUCAUCUGCAAGCCUUUUGGGUUUUGGUUUUUUUGGUGUGUUUUUUUUGGGUGGAGCACCAGCUCAUUUCAGCAGGGCUACUGCAGGAGAUCUUCCCAUCUACAGCUUUUAAAACACAGAAUAAUAGAAUUGUAGAGUUGGAAGGGACCCCAAGGGUCCUCUAGUUCAAUCUAGUCCAAUCCCAUGGAAUGCAGGAAUCACAGCUAAAGCAUCCAUGACAGAUGGCCAUCCAAUCUCUUGUUGGUGUUCCUUCUGGUUGGAGAGCCAUGUAAUCUGUUUUCUUUCCCCCAAGGUGCAGAAAUCUGAAGUCCAUGAAUUCCUGCAUUGUAGGGGGUUGGACUAGAUAUCUCUUUGGUUUCCUUCCAACUUUGCAAUUCUAUGAUUCUUUGAACUCCCCUGAGGUUUUUUGCUUCAUACAUACCUGCUUCCUGCAGAACGCUUUCUCUUUGCUUGCGGUUUCUAUUAAUCUCAUCCCUCCCCUUUUUCUUUCUCCAUGGGGAGAGAGAUCAGUAGCGUGGGGGGUAUUGGGUCAUGCUGAUCUCCGAUUGUGAGAUUUCCAGCACCCUAAGUCAGGGGGCACGUUGGCAAAUAUUGGAGGGAGCUUCUGGAUGUUGCAGUUCUUCUUAUCUAAGGCUUGUGCUUCUUGGCCCAUUUCUUGUGUUCUGCAUUUAACCAGGUGGGGUUCUUGGACCAGCAAUUGCAGAAAACGUUGGGCUGAAGGAGCUUGAUCUCAGCUGGAACCACUUCCGGGGCAAAGGAGCAGUUGCUAUUGCCAAAGGCUUAGGGGUAAGAGAACUGCCUAAUUACAGUUCGGCUACAGUUGUAAUGUCAUGUCUUAAGCAUCUGUUCUGCAUUUAGAAGGUCUCAGGUUAAAAUCCUCAGCAUCCCCAGCAAGAAGGCUACUUCCUGAAAUCCUGGAGCGCUGUUGACAAUACUGACCUAGCUGGACCAGUGGUUUGAAGUUUGUAGUUCGAGUAGAAGCCCCUGCUUUGCUUGCAGAAGUUUCCUCCUGCCUGAAACCUUGGAGAGCUGCUGUCAGUCAAUGUUGACAAUACUGAGCCUGAUUCAGUACAGGUCAGCUUUCCAUGCUACUUGCCACUGAAAAUAUAUUCUCACCAGUGCAUGAAAACACCUUGUGUCAUGUUCAAAGGGAUGCUUUGGUUUUCGCUGUUCCAAAUCCUUCCAGAUUACAGCAUUCCUAUUUCCUUAUUAAAAGCUUAGGAAUUCUGCUUAUGCGUCUCUGUUGUGAAUAUAGCAAGGCAACCCCAACUGGCCCCUGGCAUAAAGAAAUCAGGAGUAGGGAGGGCCUUAGCACAUUGCCAUAUUCUGUUUCAAAAAGGUUGGAGGAGGCAGAGGAGGAGACUUAAGCAAAACUAUUCUUCCUUUCUGGAUCAAAAUAGACCAAUCUGAGUGAUCAGGGGUGGCAACUUGCAGGAUGCCCUGAGACCCACCUCCCUCCAAUGUAAUAAUUUUUAUUUUAUUUUAUUUGCUGGAUUUCUUACCCACCCUUCACUUUAAGGUCUUAGGAUGGGCUAUAUCAUUAUACACAAGUUUAAACAAUUUGCAGUCAAGCAGAGUGGGCCCUAAAAACGUGCAUCUCCGAUGUCAUAUGAUUAAAGCUGUACAGUGAAAAUGCCAGAUGCAUUUCCGUGGGGAGGGAAUACCUGGGCUGCCAAACUUAGUACACAAGAGGGUCUGGAAGGAAGAAGGUGGUCUUUUAGAUAUUUCAGAUCUGUUUAAUCCUAGGGUGUCUGAGCAGGUAGGACAUCAGAAGAGGCCUCCUGAACUAGCCCAUCCAGUCCUGUUCUCACAGUGACCACCCAGAUACCUGUGGGAAACCCUCAAAAAUGUUGAACCCAGAGCUUUGCUAAGGCUGCGUUGCUCCUUCCCUCCUCAGGCCAACAUCUUCCUUCGGGUGCUGGACCUUUCGUACAACGGCUUUGGCAACGGCGGAGCGACUGCCCUGGGUGAGGCCCUGAAAGUCAACAACGUUCUGGAAGAGCUGAACGUUGGGUAAGCGCACUCAGCACCCAGGUUCUGCUUGGCAUCCUGGGUAGAUCACAGAGAUAAGAGAAGGGAAAGGGAAAUGAGACGGUUGCGAUGGUUUCCUCUUCUUCUUCUUCUCCUCAGGAACAACCGUAUUUCUCUGGAAGGAGCCCUCUGCCUAGCUUUGGGCCUGAAAGAAAACAAAACCCUCAAGAUCUUCAGCGUAAGUGGCUUUUCAGAGAGUGUCUGAUCCUCUAGUGUAGUAAUGGCGAAACUGUGGGCAGUGGCAGACCUUGGGGUCUCAAAUUUCAGCGACGCCCAAAUUCUGUGAUCCCCGCUUCUUGCGAUCCAUUCUAAAUAAUAGUUGUGGUGCCCCUGAGGCUCUGUGCCCAGUGCGACUGAACUGAUCGCCCUCCCCUAAAUCUGCCUCUGCCGUGGGCCUCCAGGUGUGGUUAAAUUCCAACUCCCAGAAGCCCCAGCAGGCAAUGUCAGGGAUGAUGGAAGUUAGAGUCCAGCAGCUUUUGGAGAGCCACAUGUUAUCUGAUCUAAGAAGUAGCAUUCCAUACCACAUGCAAAAGAUGGAGGAAUUCCUCUAGUGAGAAGAGAGAUUGCUUCUUCUGCAAUCCGGGUGGAAAGUCUGCGACCCUCACCAGGUGUCAUUGGACUCCAUCUCCCAUCAGCCCCAGCAGGCAGCAUUGCCAAUGGCAGUUGGGAGUCCAGUUGCCCAGCCCUGUUCUUAGUGCUUUGCCCUAAACAAACCCGGCACGUUUCUGUUCUGUGACCUGCAGGUGGCCAGGAACCCCAUUCAGAGCGAAGGCUGCGUUGGGAUCCUCAAAGCCCUCCAAGCAAAUCCUAAUGCUGCCUUGGAAGUCCUGGAUUUUUCAGUAGGUAUCAGUCAGUGGUUGGAAGAGUGGUGUGGUAUGCUUGUGAUGUAGUGGCCCAGUCUUCACCAGCCUGGUGCUCUCCAGUUUUGUUUUGUUUUUACUAGAGCUUUCAGCAGUUCCACGGUCACAAAACCACACUGAGGCCGCUCGGAGUUGUAGUCCAAACCAUCUGGUGCAGGCACCAUCUUGGCAAAGGCCAUAGUAGGCAAUGUGGGAUUGGAGAAAUAUUUAUGUACAGUGGUACCUCGGGUUACAUACGCUUAAGGUUACAUACGCUUCAGGUUACAGACUCCGCUAACCCAGAAAUAGUGCUUCAGGUUAAGAACUUUGCUUCAAGAUAAGAACAGAAAUCGGGCUCUGGCGGCGCGGCGGCAGCAGGAGGCCCCAUUAGCUAAAGUGGUGCUUCAGGUUAAGAACAGUUUCAGGUUAAGAACAGACCUCCGGAACGAAUUAAGUACUUAACCCGAGGUACCACUGUAUGCAGUGAAUCUUCUCCAACAAUUCCAUGCAGGGACUGGUGUGCCCUAACUGAGGACAGCACUUUGAAUAGAGGUUCACAUUACAUAGAAACUUAGGCUAUAACUGCACAACCUGGAUUGGCUGGAAGGUGAUGGACUCCCACCAAAAUAGAAUAGGGGGAUAAGACCCCCUGCCACACACCUCUUUGAGAACUGUCUCCACCAUGCUCUUGAUGUGGGAAUGGAGAGGGUAUCUUUUCUGUCCCUUUCAGGAGAUUGUUGUCAAGCAGGACUUUGCAGGGCUUUGCGAUGGCAUCCAGGUAAUUUUCCCGAGCCUUCAGAUCAAGCACAACUGGAGCAGCCGCUCGUUCAAAACAGACCCGUCAAAGGUACAGAAAGCCCAACCCCUUUGCUGGGCUGCAGGGUCUUUUUUGAUGGCUCUCGGUGGGUUCUCAUCAUCCCACUGCCGCCUCUGAUCAAAUGGGUUUUUCUAGCAUAAAAAAAAGCAAAAUACAGAACUUCCUGAAUCGCAGGAGACAGCAGAGGAGAAAGGGGGGAAGGGGUGUCCGAAGAACAACGAUGCCCCUAGCACACCUUCAGCUCUUGGGGGGACAGACCCAAUUACCCUCUCUCUACCAGCCAUUGAGCAAAAUCCCGGGGGGGGGGGAAUGUUAGGGGAAAUAAUGCAACACUUUCCCCCAAAGGCAUUUCAUUUGUUCUCCAGACCCUCCCUCCCUCCGCUAACUGGAAAAUUUAUAGUAGUGUCAUAGUUGCUGGAAGUGGCAUUUGAAGCAGUGGUCACUCUUAAGGACCCAAUAUUGUUAGCCUAACUUUCUCCACCCCCCAUUGAUUCCUGGGGCAUGUCUCCCAGUUCUUUAGUCCAGAGACACAGGGGUCAUCUUCUCCAACCCCCUGCAAUGCUGGUCAUGUACUCCAACUUGUCUGCACUGGGUUUCUACAGCUGGCCCCAGGACUCUCACACGACACAUUGGUGGAUAUUAAGCCAGGGCUUUCAGCUUCUCUGGCUAGAGCCUGCCUUGGAUACCUAUCCAAGGGAUUUCUCUCCAAGGGCCAUUAAGCCAAAUCUGGUGCUUUGCAACUUCUUGGCUGGGAAAAAUCAUGGGAACGAGUGAUGCCAGAGAGGGUUGCCACUGACAUGGGAUCCUUCUUUUUUGUAGGUUUUCUGAGAAGACACCCGAGCUGCGGACAGCCCUGGGAGGGAUUGCUCAUCUUUCCUUCCUUGGCUACCUACAAAGUGAAGAAGGAGCCCAUUAGGCGACCCUCUGCUCUUCCAUUUGCUGACAAUAAUGGUGUGUGUGUGUGUGAGUGAGUGAGAGAGGGAGGCUGUGCUGUUUCUCCCCGUCUUUUAAGCAUCUGUUAAAAACACUUCGGUUUAGACGUGCCUACCCAGAUGUUUAGAAGGUUGAUGCGAGUUUUAAUCUGCUUUUGGUCUAUUGCUAUUUUAACUUUUUGAAAGUUGUAAAUCAUUGCUGUUAAUAUUCCUUAUUCAUAACAUUUUAUCCUCUUUGUAAAUCACUUUGAGGGUUUUGGAGUUCUUGUUUCUUACAAUCAAGAGGUGUAUACAUUUUAUGCAUAAAAAUAAACUCACAGCCAAGGAACAGGAAAAAAAAUCUUUAUAUUAAUUGGCUUCUUUGCCACAAGCUGUCGCACAGAGCAGAGUCACAGCAUGACAGGUGAAGGCAGUAGCGAGGAGGGCUACUGCUACGAAUCUAGUGAUGGAAGCAAGGAAGCAAAGGUCAGAGCACAGAGCAAAACAGCAGGCACUGCCUGUGGGAUUCACCAGCAAACCGGUGAGACAUAUGUGUGACAAAACCCAGUUUCCAGCGUCUCAUAAGCAGCUGCACAACCUCCCUCCAUCUGUAGGUGAGAGCAAGGAAAGACUUUUGCUCUCUGGGCUUCCAUUGCCAGCAAUCUGCAAGAAAACCCUGCCUUCCUUCUCGGGACCUCUCUUGGCCUCUCAGUGUUUUUGCCCUGGCCUCUGAGACAACAGAAGCUGAUGCAUCCAAGAGUCAGCGUGAGCAACAGGUAAGUGAUGCCACCCCUGAUGGCGUGUCAGGCACAGUGGCAGCGGAGUCCCCAGGCAAACUUUUAUACGGGAAAGAUUGGCCCUUGGGAUCUGCUUCUGGGAAAGCCAAAUGCACACAGGUGAACACAGCCUGACAAAGUGGGGCUGGCAGUGGGUUGUGAAGGGCAGUUGCCGUGCUCAGAUUCAUGCUAAGCAGUUGAGCAAAUACUCAGCCGGUUCUUUGGAGAAGGAGGGCAGCUUCACGAGAACAGGGAGGCCAUUUUGAGAUUCCUAAGCAGCCUGCGGCCUAUGCUGUGGCAGGAGGUUUGGCCCUGAGUUAGUGUGUGACCCGGUGGGUGGCAGUAUAAACGGUCCUUUUAAAAAGGCUGUGAAAACUUUGCCAGUCUGGUGCCCUCCAGAUGUUUGGGACUAUAAUUCCCAUCAGCUCCAACCUCCAUACCCAUUAUGGACUAUAACUCCCAUCAGCCUUUGCCAACAUGCAGAGGCAUACAUAGGCUUCCUUGCACCCUUGGCAAUUGGUGUCCCCACCCCUCUCUGAAAAUAAAUGCAUGACAUAAUUCAGUAGUCACAAAUGACUCUUAAACCGGGUGUUUUAACAGCACAAUCCUAUAAAUGUCUACUCAAAAGUUAAUCCCACUGAGUUCAAUGGGGUUUACUCCCAGGAAAGUGGGUACACAGGACUGCAGCCUAAAUCUGGCAAGCCAGAGGCAGGAAUUUUGGACAAUACUUUGCUUGCCUUCCUGUUACUUCUGGCAAGGUGCCAGCAGAAAGGCAGUAACUUGGAGGUUGCACUCCCAGUGCACACUUUACUCGGAAACAAGCCCUGUUGAAGUGUCCUGGACCGCUGAAAGCCAUCAGCUGGGGAACCCCCAAGGGAAGAACGCUCAGGUCCUGGGGAAUGGUGAUGGGACAACAACGAAUGGUCAGAGGGAGAAGACUGGGAAGAGGCAACAGGGCUUGGUGAGAGGAAGAGUCGGUGGCAGAGAGAAGCCCAGAAUCGGAGGCAGAAGCUGAAGUGGGUGAUGGAGAGAAGGGAGGCCAAGAGGCAGAGAUGAGUAAGGCUGGUGAAGAGUCAUGUGUGUUGCCGCCUCCUGCUAUGACAAGUUACCUCUCCACCUUGUCUCCCAGAACCAGAAGAGAGCUGAAACGGGCAGAACAGUGGCAUAGUGUCUGGUUGUUUGGAAAAAGCCGUGGAGUCGAGGGGACUUAGACAGCUGUGGGGAGGUGGGGACUUUCUGCAGCUGAUUCAUGGGGCCAGGCCUACUGGGGGUGAGCUGCUAUGCUUAGUAGACCCGGCACUUGGCCAACUCUCUGAAAAUUGUGUUUUUGCUAGUAACAAGUUAACUCCAACUUUGCCGGUGCAAUUUACAGCUGGCUGGUUCUUUGACACUAAGUCAAGGGCCCUUGCUUUCUGGGUUAAACCCACAGCAUCACAUGCCCCAGAAAUUGGUCAAGGCGGGAAAGAAACCAGGGGAAAGCAACUCGGCUGUGCUAAAUGAAGAGCCUCGCCUGACAUUUCUUAGCCACCACAUCAGCUGAAAGUCCCUUCUGGGGGCACGCAGUGGGAGUGGAGGGUGGGACAUAGUGUAGAGAGGACAGAGGACCAGGCAGGGAUGUUGUCAUGGGGAGCCCCACUGCACAAACUAACCACCAGCGCUGCCAGGAAGGAGGCUCUGCAGGGCUGCUAUGACGGCGUCCAGAUUCCUCUGCCAAGGCGCUGAGAGAGAUGCCAUUUUUGUGCCCUUUGUGCCUGUGCAGUUGGCAGGGACCAACCUGGCCAAUCCCUAGGUAUGUCCCAACCAGCAUGGCUGUGUUGUCUGGGGGCGAUGGCGGCGGUCAUCCAAACCAAGCUGGGAGGCACCACAUGGGGGGGGGAUGAGCAAGUGUUUUCCUCACUCAAAAUUGAACGCAACAAUUCCAUUUUUCAGAAAGACUUAGCAGUGCAGCCCCCCUCCAGGUCUAAUCAAAAGCAAAACCCCUCAGAGUUCAGUGAAACGUUCUCCCAGUUAUCUGCUGCAAGUUAUCUGCAGCAACCCCUAAGUUCUGUGCUAUGGAAUGAAUUAAAGACAAACCCAUAAGUGGCCAUAGAGGAAGCUCCCUGCUGGAUUUGUGCACGAGUCCCUGGCUGUGGCCUUGCCAUGAGCCUCACCAUUAGCAGGUGGGGUUCUCUAAAAUAGGUACAAUUGGAUGGUUUAGCCACUGCUACUGCAGAAACCUGCCCUGGAAGAGUC